AUGGGCCCUGCAAAUCACUGGCUACUAAUUGUUAUCUGCUCUUUCCACCUCUUUGAAACUGGAAAAAGUAUCCAUCUGGAGCUAUCGACGGACACACCUGUAACUCUGCCUAAUAGACAUGAGCAAAUUACAACUGCCGUGCUAGAAACCGGACCGGAGAAAGUGCCACCUCAGGAAAUUGAUCAUGAUAUAGACGUACCAGCUGGAAUAUAUUUUCGAAUCAGUCAAAAGGGUGUGGAUUACAUCACAGGUUUGGCUGCUGAGGCGUUGCCACAGUUGCUUGAAAAAUCCGAAAUGCCAACUAUUGAGCAGCCACAAAUCAAAAUUUCACAUCUAACUAUCGAUAAAUUUAGUAAUCCAACGAUAAAGGCUAAAUUUCUUGCGAAUACCGGUAUUGCAGCGUAUGUAUUCUUACCUCAAGUGAUGCUCAACGCGGUCUAUGACGCCUCCACCUUUUUCAGCACUCAUAAAGGGAAGUUGAAGGCUGACGUGCAGAAUUUAAGUGUCGCUAUGGAAGUGCACAUCAGUCGGAAUGAAAGCGAAAGGUUGAACAUUAUUGAGACACCGGUGUGCAAUGUCAUCUCUGAUCUUGUAAGGAUUGUUUUCGCCGGCGAUAUGUCGACCUAUCUAAACUUGCUGAGGUCAAUAAUUGAACAAUCAGUAACCGAUGUUCUCGGGAGCGAACUUUGCCAACUUGCCGUAAAAGUAGGACAGUUCUUCGAGAAACAAAAAAAACAGAUUCUGACCACUACGCCUAUUCCGCAAUCGACGCAGCCACCUGCACCGACGCCUACAUAUUUAUUAAAAUUCGGUGAACUACCUGAACCAGCUCACGCGAAACCAGUAGAAAGUGCUGAGACUGAAAAUGCCUUCUAUGAAACAUCCAACGAAAAGAUGGAAGAUAACGAGGACUUGGCAGCAAAAUUUGCAGCCGACUUAUGUGCUGAAGACCGGGUCGGCAUGGAUGUCUCCGGCGAUUCCACUUACUUGCGGAGGAGACGUGACCUCCGUUUUGAUGCGACUCCUGAAAGUGGACGUUUUAAUCCAUUGUUGAAAGACGGUCUCUGGGCACCUGACUUGACCUUACUCUACUCACCAAAGUUCUCGGAUGAGGAUGUGAUAUUCGGGCUCGAUGCAGGCAUUGUAUUUUUUGGUCGAAAAGCCAAAAAUGUCAAUCGACCGAACAUGCUCAAUAUAUCAGCUUUUGGUGAUCAAAUGUUUGGUGUGAUUAUCAGCGAAUAUGUACCCAAUACAUUUUUCGCACAUGUCUACGACGAAGAUAUGGGAGUGUUACGUGAAACAUUCCGUACUCAUAACUUGCCGAAAUUCAUAAAACCGAUAGCUAAGUUGCUUUGCGCUCGUUGUGAGCUCCAAUUUAUUGUUAAUUUAACCAGACGACCACGUCUUAUUAUCAGUGAAGGAGGUGUUAAAAUUGAUAUUCAAGUUGAUUUGUUGAUUUUAUUCAUUGGCAAAACACAAAGGCACAAUAUUGUCAAUGCAAAUGCUGAACUUGAUAUAACGGUUCGUCCAUAUCUCAGACACAGUCGCUUAUAUGGUGACGUUGCACUGACCGGUGUGGACAUCAAAAUAAAAGGGGCACUCGUUCAUUUGCAUAUAGCCAGUACCAAAUUCCUUCUCAUUUCAGGCAUCAGACUACCAGUGAUGUGUGGUGUUGAGCUUGAAAGACCGUCGCUAAGUUACAUCGACCAUGCUGUCGUAAUCGAUACAGAUUUCAGUUAUGAUUUACCGCGGUUCAUCCGGAAGUUUAAAGUGUACAUUAAUGCGGAGGUCACAAGAGCAAGGAAGAAAGAGCAGAUGGAAAGUGAAGAAGACUACUGA